GUUGUUGACUCUUCUUUUCCUUCCUCACGAUCAGAGACUUGACUACUAUCAAGGGUUGCGGAGUCGACAUAUAUACCCUUCUUGUUUGUUCCGGGACCCUCCGUCUCCUUCUGCUGCCUCCCUCUCCUUCCUGUACUUAACCAACACCCUCCCACCCCUCCUCUUGCCAGACCUCUCCUCUCUUUCUCCUCUUCCUUCAAAUCAUCUCAGGAGAUCUGCUAGAAGGCCUCUUUGUCCUCUGCUUGUCUCUCUUCCUCUUCAAUCCUUUGUUUCUGAACCAACAAACCACUACCAGCCAGUCCAGAUGGGCAAGCAAUGAUGCAUAGAUCAUCAAACAAGAUUCGGCCUCCUCGUAAGCCCGUUGGCCGCGGCUCUCCCAAUGGCCAGCUUACCGAGGAGCAGGAGUUCGAGGCCUGCUGGUCCAUGCUCUGCGGCGCCCUGACCGAUAUCCACCGACGCGAUGCCGGCAAACUCUCCUUCGAACAGUUGUAUCGCGCUUCCUAUAAAAUUGUCAUAAAGCGACGAGGCUUGGAAUUGUACGAGAAGGUCGGCGCUUUCGAGGAGAAAUGGUUCCGCGACGAGGUCAUCCCCCCCAUCUACGAGCUGGUCUCGGGAAAACUUGUCAACCUGGCCCUGGGCGACCUGCCCGGUACCUCCACAAACGAGCGGCGUGAGAUGGGCGAGAAGUUCCUCAAGGGUAUGCGGGACUCGUGGGAGCGUCAUGUCAGUGCUAUGGGUAUGAUUACAGACAUUAUGAUGUACCUCGACCGAGGCCAAGUCCACCACGCCGACCAGACCAGCGAUCGGCCCCCCCUCUACAUGGUCGUCCUCGGCCUGUACCGCGACAAUAUCCUGCGCUUCGAGUUUCCUUCCAUUGAGGGUCCCCUGACAAAUGUCAUCAACGCCGUCGUGCUCGACCUGAUCAACAUGGACCGCGAUGGCGAGAUCGUCGACCGCAACCUCGUCAAGAGGGUCCUGGUCAUGUACGAGCAGUUGGCAGAGACGGACGAGACGAUAGACGACAACCGCCUCUACAUUACCACAUUCGAGCCAGCCUACAUUGAGGCGGCCCGUCAAUACUACGCCCAAGAGGCUGAUCGCCUGUUGCAGGACGGCGAUGCGGGCACCUGGAUCCGCCAGACGAACCGUCGUCUGCAGGAAGAGGUGGCGCGGUGCGAGACCACAGUCUCUAAGCUGAGCCAGGCCAAGAUCCUUGCUGUCGUCGAGGACGAGCUCAUCUCGAAGCACCUGGACAAGUUCUUGGCGCUGGAAACUACUGGUCUCCGCGCCAUGAUCGACAAUGAUCGCUUCGAGGACCUGUCUAUCCUCUACCGCCUGGUCUCCCGCCCUGGAGUCAAGAAUGGCAUCGACAAGCUCAAGAAGAUCCUCUCUGUGCGCAUCGUGGAGCUUGGUGUGGAGAUCGAGAAGGGUCUGACCGAGGCCAACCUUUCUGGCUCGAAUGCCAAGACUGACGAGGAUGCCGCCCCGACUGAGGGCGCUGAGAAGACGAAGGCAUUGACUGGCACCGCUCGACAGACGGCUGCGGCCGUCAAGUGGGUCGACAAUGUUCUGCGCCUCAAAUUCAAAUUCGACAAAUACUUGUCUGACUGUUUCGAGGGUUGCAAGAUCUUGGAGUCUGCUGUCACCAAGAGCUUUGCCGACUUUAUCAACCUCUUCCCUCGCUGCGCAGAGGUUGUCUCGCUCUUCAUCGACGACACCCUAAAGAACGGCAUGCGAGAGAAGUCGGAGGCUGAGAUUGAUGCGACGAUGGACAGGGCUAUCACGCUCAUCCGAUACCUGCAGGACCGUGACAUGUUCCAGCGCUACUAUCAGAAGCAUCUGGGACGGCGCCUCCUGCAUGGCAAGAACGAGAGCCACGAGGCCGAGAAGCAGCUCAUCUCGCGCAUGAAGCAGGAGAUCGGCAGCCAUUUUACCUCCAAAUUCGAGGGCAUGUUCAAGGAUAUGGACACCUCGGCUGACCUCACAUCUGGAUACCGCGAUCAUAUCCGUGCCCUGGGUGAUGUGGACCGCAAGAACGUCGAGCUCACUAUCAAUGUGCUCACCAGCAACAACUGGCCUUCGGACAGCAUGUAUUCUGCCAAGCCUGGUGGCAAUGAUGGUCUCAGGGUUGAGUGCACCUGGCCUGUUCAGGUCAAGCGGCUGCAGGAGAGCUUUCUAAAGUACUACCUCAGCGAGCGUAACGGUCGAGUCCUCACAUGGAUGGGCAGUCUCGGCACUGCCGAUAUCAAGUGUGUUUUUCCCAAGGUCCCUGAUAAGGACAGUGGACCUCUGAGCAAGGAGCGCCGGUACGAGCUCACCGUAUCUACCUAUGGUAUGGUAGUCUUGAUGAUGUUCAACGAACUGCCCGAGGGCGAGUGGCUCAGCUAUGAGGACAUCCGGGCCACCACCAACAUCCCUACAGGCGAGCUGAACCGCACGCUCGCGUCUCUGUCACUUGCUCCCCGGUCCAAAGUCUUGUUGAAGGAGCCCAUGAACAAGACGAUCAAGUCUGGAGAUAAGUUCGCCUAUAAUAAUUCCUUUGCCAGCAAGACUGUCAAGAUCCGGGCCCCUAUCGUCAGCGCCCAGUCCAAGGUCGAGGACAUGGAUGAGCGCAAGGAGACGGAGAAGCGUAACGAUGAGAGCCGCGCUCACAUCGUGGAUGCCGCGAUCGUUCGCAUCAUGAAGGCCCGCAAGGAGCUUCCUCACAACCGUGUCAUCACCGAGGUCAUCAACGUCCUCCAUGGCCGCUUCAAGCCUGACGUGUCUCUUGUCAAGAAGCGCAUCGAAGAUCUCAUCUCUCGAGAGUACCUUGAGCGUGCUGAGAUCAGCGACGCUACCCAGCAGGUCUACCGUUACCUGGCUUGAUGGUCCCCUUCCCAUCAUCAAAAUGGUCCUCGUCGAAGGGAGAGAGAGUGACCCACUCAUUGUAUUGUUUUCUCUGCUUGUUUCUAUUUUUUUCGGACUCAAUACCUCGUGCUUUUUCCAACAACCAAAAUGAGGCGAGGCGUCUGGUCAUUUUGCGCACUUCAAAUCAGCAUUGCUGCAUGGUCGGCCGGGACCGGCAUCUGGUAAAGAAUCAUGGAUGAAGGAAGCACAGGCAUUCAAAGAAUUACCCAUUUGGUUUUGCAUGUGAAUUGGCCUCCCUGGACGACUAGAUGUAUGGAUAAGGCAAGAUACCAGUGGGCGAGUCUUUUGAGUCCCGGGGGGGCAGCUACACUGGGCGUUUUAUGGUAUGAUAACUCUUACGAUAGGUCUGGAUCACCAUGUGGCCAGAUGCAAAUAAAAAGUAUGUUUCCC